UCAACCAGUCUAUUGUAAUAGUGGUGUUAGGCCGGUUAGCUGUUAAAUUUUAUGUAGUUUUUCAUGAAGUAGUAUGAUUUUUUCGAGUUUUUGUGUUUUAAAAUGAAAAAGUGUAUUAGGGUGGUUAAGAAAUAGAUCAAUUCAAAUGGAUAAAGGAGAACAUCGUCAGGUUUCUUCGAACAAGUCGAAAAGAAGAGCACUUUUUCAUAUCACCAAGGUACUAUGGCACUUGGACAUAUUCAGACGAAGUUUCCGAGAACUUUAUGGACAUGCUUGUAUGGAAGAAUCGUGCAUAUUUUGUGCUUUAAAGGAGUUAUUUACAGCACUAGGGUCCAGUUCAGAAACUGCUCUUCCUCCAGAUGCUUUAAGGAAAGCUCUUGCUCAAUCCUUUUACGAUCAAAGACGUUUUCAAUUAGGGUUUAUGGAUGACGCAGCAGAAUGCUUUGAAAAUAUUUUAUUACGUAUUCACUAUCAUAUAGCUAAUGAAGAAGCAGAAGAUAUGUGUAAUGCUAACCAUUGUAUAUCUCAUCAAAAAUUUGCCAUGACCCUUGUCGAACAAAGUGUUUGUGGAGCUUGUGGAGCUACCUCUGAACCUCUACCGUUUACUCAGAUGGUUCAUUAUGUUUCUGCAUCUGCUUUAACUGCUCAAGUAAAACAAUUUCCUACUACAGGUCAAGCUGAUUUAUUUGGUCAACUUCUAAAAAAAGCUGGCGGAAUGGGGGAUAUAAGAGAUUGUCCGAGUGCUUGUGGUGCUAAAAUUCAAAUUAGAAGAACAUUAAUGAAUAGACCUGAAAUUGUUUCUGUUGGGAUUGUUUGGGAUUCAGAUAGGCCAACAUUGGAUCAUAUAAUGGCUCUCCUAAAUACUUUGCGUACUUCUUUACGCUUAUGUGAUGUUUUUCACGGAUCAUUCGAUGUAAUUGAUGGGAGUUUACCCUUACAACAUCAGCUUGUUGGAGUAGUUACGUACUAUGGAAAACAUUAUUCUACAUUUUUCUAUCAUACCAAACUUAAACUUUGGAUAUAUUUUGAUGAUGCCAAUGUUCGAGAAAUAGGACCGAGAUGGGAACAGGUCGUAGAAAAAUGCAAACGUGGUAGAUAUCAACCUCUUCUUCUCUUAUUUGCUUCUCCAGAAGGUAUUCCAAUUGAUGCAUCGACUGCUCCUAAAACUAUAAGUAAAGCUACUAAGCUUUCAUUUUGUACAAAUAAUGCUCAAGGAUUAACACAAGGUCGUAGAUCUUUAACACCUAGUCCUGAAAAACCCAUUUCUAAUCAAAUUCAUCGGAGAUCAUUAACCCCAACCCUUGAUUCUUCAAUCGGGAUAUCAAAAACAAUUUUAAAUUCGUCAGGAAACGAAUAUCAAAAUCUGGCACAUUAUCAAGCAGUUAUUAAGGCUAAAGCUACCGAAAUGUAUAAUAUAGAUGACUUCAAUGAUCAGCUUAACUCGCCCAAGUCUAUCACACCAAAAUGUGAUUUAGUUCGUCGAGAUUCUGGUAAUUGGAGUGGUGAUAGAAACAGUGCAUCAUCAUCAUCGUCUACUUCAUUAGAAAAUCCUUAUCAGUAUUUUGUUGGUAAAAUUCAAAGCAGGAAUGGAAAUACAUUCGGUGGCGCUCCUCGAAGUCCCAAUAAGUCUAAAGAUUUUACAACAAACAAUCAAUUUGAUUUAGGUUAUGAUUCAUAUUCAUUGUCUUCCAAUGAUAGUUUGCCUUUACAACAAAAUAUUAAGCAUAACUUACAGCUUGCUCAAAUUCCUGAAGGUCAUCAAACUACUCAUACGACAGUAAUCAACAGUUCAAAACAUUCUGGUACAAUGGACGAAGUGGAGCGACUUUGUGCUGAGGCUGAUCAAUUAUUAGGAAAAUCUGAAGUUGCUGAAGAUUUAAUUUUGGCGUUGUCUUUGUGUAAUGCAGCUGCUGGUAAAGCUCGAGCAGCAAUGGAUGCACCUUACAGUAAUCCACAGGUAGCAAGUUUUGCCAGAAUGAAACAUAAUACAUGUGUAAUGAGAGCCCGUAGUUUACACAAACGGCUUGAAGAGCCACUUCACUCAAAUAAACAUGGUGAGGGUCGACACAGUCGAGAAGGUAGUAGCUGUAGUAACAGAGGUUCUCCAGGAACACACAGUCGUCAAAAUUCAAAAGAUAAAACUACUCAACAUACAAAACAGAAUAGUAAAGAAUUACUUUCUUCAUCACAGCAAUUGUCCUAUAUUCAAACAUCACCGGUAGAUAAAUCUGUUAAAAGUAUUGAAAUCUAUGCCACUUUACCGAAAAAUAAAAAAGGGCUUUUAUCACGAUCAUCGACUAAAACAAAACAAGUAGUGGAAGAUGAAGAGUAUCUAAUGUACGAGAGACCCAGUAGAAGUUUACAAGCUAAAAGCAAAGCCCAUAAAAAAGAAGGUGAAAAAAGAGCAAGAAGUGAGGAACGUGGAACUAAAAAUACUAAAGAAUUCGUGACUAACUCAUUGACAAAGGAUAAUAAAAAACAAAAACCAGAAGAAAAUAAACAAGUUAAAAAACAACACAAAAUAAGAAGAAAACUAUUAAUGGGAGGUUUAAUCCGACGAAAAAAUCGAAGUAUGCCAGAUUUACGAGAAGACGAAUUACAAAUAAAGGGAUCGCCAGUGAAGGAAAAAUCAAUGUCCAAAGACGAUUCAAUGGUAGACUCUGUAAGCAGUCAGCAUAAUUUAAGUGGUUAUUUAUCAGAAGGACAUUUGGAAACUACGGAAAAUCCAAAUUUGUUGAGAAGUAAAUUAAUGAAAAAAAGUUUUUAUACCAACAAAUUUUUGCAUUUUGCUAAAGUUCCUCCUCCUCCGCCGAUGAGAACUUCUUCUCAGUUAAGUAAAGAUUCAAACGCAUCACAAAAUGAUUGGUUUUGUGAGCCACAGUCACUUCCGUAUAUUCACCUACAUAAAGAAGAAGUGACAUAUGCCAAUGGGGGAAUACUUAUAGAGAGAGAUAGAGAAAACAAAAAUGUUAUGAUCACACAAGCUCAAGUACAUCACAACCCUGAACAAAAUGAAGUCAAUAAUAAUAUUGAUGACCUUGGAUUUCCGUUACCACCUUAUCCAAGUCCAUUAAAUUCUGUAAAUCAUUCUAGACAACCAAGUGAAGAAUUUCCACCACCACCUGUUGUAGUUGAUGAAGUAGAUGGAUUCUAUCCAAGUAUGCCAAUGGACCAGGUAAAAUCAGAAAUAAACCAUGAAGAAUAUAGUGAUCUUGAAAUUCAGCCUUCUCUAGUUACUAAAAUGUUAGACGUUCAUGCAGAUCAUCCGUAUCAAGAUUUAGAAUCAAAGUCUAUUGUAAAAGACUUAAAAAGUAAAUUUGAACAAAAAGGUAUUAUUGACAACUUGAUUACACAUGCUAUUAGUAAUUUGCCCGCUGAUAGUAUUAGUGAAUUUAUUAAAGUUGAAGAAGAAAAGAAGACCGAUAAAGAAUUAAAAGGAGCACUUACCAAAUGUCAAUUUGAUAAUAAUGAUUUUAGAAGAAAAUCAGGGAAAAAGAAGAAUGUUACUUUUUGUGAACAAGUAGUUCUAGUCGCGACUGCUGAAGAAGAUGAGGUAGAUAGUUAUAUACCUAAUCCUAUUUUAGAAAGAGUCCUUAGAUCAGUUCUUCAUAAGGAUGUUCCUGCGAUUGAGUCAAGUCGCGAAGUAACCAAAUCUGUAAUUCCAUUGAAAAGAAAUGAUUCUGGUCAGUUCAAUCGUAGUAACUUGACCUUAAAACCAUUUGAUAAUAGUUGUGAAGAUAAAUCAAAUGUUGAAUUAAAUAUUGAUGUGCCAUCAAAAUCAUAUUGUAUGUCCCCAGUUAAGCAAAUAGUGCCACCACAUUCUCCAAUAGUUCAGAACAAACAGAAGGCACUAUUACCUGAACAAACUCAAAAACCAGCCGAAACAAAUAAAAACUACCGUACGUCACCUAUUCAACAAAAUGUUACACCAUUAACACAUUCGCCAAUUACCCAAUCAAAAUUUAAGUCGACACAAUUAAGCAAUACAUUGUCGAACUUAACUAUAAACUCAAUGGAAAAUAAUCAAUCAUCAUCUUCUAACAUAACUCAUAGGUUUUACCCUAAAUCGCAGCAAUCAUCCCAUUACCCACAGCAACAUCAAAGUCUUUCACCUAUGGUUCAACAAAUGUCCAUCUUAAAUAAUGAGUCUCAGUCCUUAAAUUAUCAACAAAUAAAUGAAAAUAAACUAAGCUCUUCACCAAAUUCAAGAUCAAAUCAAUCGUCUUUAGAAAGAGUUGCUAGACAGAUUAAUACGUUGCCCAAUAAUUAUUAUCCACAAAAUUCGUCUGUAGAUGGAAGAAGUAAUUUUCGUUUUAAUGGCGAUACUCAAUCUCAGGCUAGACAACAAGAUAACCAGUCUAGUUUAGAACUGAAUUCACAACUAAACUCGUAUCAAGGAUCCCCUGGAACUCCUAGAAUGAAUUACUCACAAAAUGGACUACGAUCUACUUUGCCAAACACAGAAUCAAAUAGUAAACACCUAAUAAACGAAAAUCGAUCUUACAAUCAAUUAACAACAAAUCAGUAUCAAUCUCAGUCAUCCGAAAAGGGAAGUAAUAAUUGUGCAAAAAGUUUAAUGGAGAAUAGAACAUCGUGCUAUGUGCGCCAACCGAGUCCUGAGAAAAUACAUUCUGUUAACUAUAUUAAUCCUGGAAUUAAUGAUCAUAGGCAGAAUUAUCUACCAGUAGUUGCUAACAUUCAGAAUAUUCAACAACAACAGUGCGAAAAAUUAAAUCUUUUGCCAAAUAGUACUAAUCAACAAUUUGAAAAUCAAAAUAUGUCUCAGCGUAAUAACAAUACUGUAAAUAAUAAUAAAUCAACUGGUGGUUAUCUUCAACAAGGUGUGUCUGCUAAUCAAGCUCAACUAUUAGAAAGAAUGGCUCAGCAAUACGAUGCAGCUAAUAAAGCUGGUGGGUACAAUCAAAAAGGACUUCCAUCCUUGAAUGGUCAGUUUUUAACCAAUAAUUACAUAUCUAAUGAGUUAUCUAGAGGUGGUAACUAUCUAGCACAAAGUUCUACAGCUCAACCGAGUAAUCAUAAAAUGUCACCCAUUAUACAACAAGGACCUAACAUAAUACAAAGACAACGAAGCAUGGUUAAUGGCUUUCAUUCUAUGCCUUAUAACCGUACUGACAAUGUUACACAUUUACCUCCUGCUCAUCCUAAGAAAGAUCAAAUGCAACCUCAAUCUUCUAGACCCCAACCUGAUGCUCAGAGUAUUUCGUCUACUAACUCAUCUUCAUCAUCUUCACUUGAUCGCAAGCAACUUCAACAAUAUAACUGUAAUAUAUCUCAGUCUGAUGGAGGUCAACCCAGUCUGCAAUCUAAAAGUCGACCACCAAUAAAUUCACCAGUACAAAAAAAUAACAUAGCAACUGUUCGUAGACCAAUAACAGUGUAUGACCCUCUUUCACAACAACUACCACCGUAUCAGCAUCCACCUCCACCAGUUUCAUAUAAGCAACAACAACAGUCAUGCAGAAGUAAUAAUAAUGUAGCUUGCAAGCCUAGAAGUACAACUCCAAAUGGUAAUAAUGAUAGAUAUAUUGUUUAUCAACAACCCCCAUCACCCAGGCUACAAGACAAGUCAACAAUUUCCUCUAGACUGUCUCCGUGUAACCUCUGUCGUAAAAAAAUGGUUAACCAUCCGUCCAUAUAUUGUUCUGACUGCGAUUUUUAUAUGUCAAGAUUUAAACCUAAUAAAGCUCAAUCAACCACAUGCUAAUAAAAUGUAUGACUGGCUAAGAUUAUAAAGAGAUCUCCUGUCAUGUAUCUGUGAUAUGUAUAGUGGUAUAAUAUAAAAUGUAGCUAAAAUUAGGUAUCCUUAAAGUAUUUAAAUAAAAAAUUAGUAAACGAUUGAGUUAUUUUAUUUUAUUAUUUUGUAAAGUUCAACCAUGAAUGAUAUUCACAAUUUUUUUGUAUAUGUGUUAUUGCAUACAGGAAUUUGUAUUUUUCAUUUUAUAUUUUUAGAUAUUUAUAAAAAUUAUUGUUAUUUGUUUGAUCUCACUAAAAAUUUAUGUUAUUAAUUAUAUAUUAUUUGUUAUUUAUGAAUAUAAUAGUAAUAAUUUUUGUAAUAUUAUAGAAGUUAUUUUAAAUAACUCCUUUAAAAUUAUUUAAGAAACCAUUGUCAAAUUAGUUUGAUAUAGUUUUAUUUGUAAUUUUUACCCAU